GCCUGCGGGGCAGAAGGAGGAGGGCAAGGGAACAGGAGCAGAGGAGGCGCAAGGAGGGGAGGAAGAGUUUCAGAUGGAUGACACUCUGACCGUCACGAAACCCUUGAGAGCUUUUCUCACCGAGUACCACAAGAACUAUGUGACAGAAAGAGCGUUGGUCUCUCAGAAUCAGCUUCUCCCUCGGGCCGGCAAGCGUCCUGAAGUGAUGAUCAACAAGCAGUUCUCCCGAGACGUCCCCAACCUCCUGAGGAUCAACGGUCAUCCUUGCGCGGGAGAGACUCCGGAAGACAAGAUUCGCUUCGCCUACGACAACAUCGUCCGGGCAGUCGAUGGCAACACGGAGAAGGCGCAGCGAAUUACUUUGGUAGCGAAUCAGAACCUCGGCAUCUUCAUGUACGAGCUGCUCGUCAAGGCGAACAGUCACCGCAAGGAUGUCGUCGUCAUGCAGGUCGGCGAGCAUCACCUGGACGUGAGGACGAUGAGGAGAGGAAUCGUGAUUGUGUUCGAGGCUCUCUUCCGCCUGCAGAAGAACGACAGUAUCGAGUUGGAAGGAGAUGUUGUCAAAGGGUUUGCAAAGGUUGACUUUGUACACAAGAAUGUUUCUUUCAGGUUCUCGAAACCGAAGAGUUCAUGAACUAGUUCAGUCAUUAGUGUAUGUCAGAAAAGUCUAUCACCUCUCGUAAGAUCAUUGUCCGCUGAUGAAGGACUCAAACAAAGCAUGACCAACGC